UCUUUGCUAAGAAGAAACUAAUGAAGUGACUAAAAGGUCCGACUACUAAUUACUAAGAAUCGAUUUAGACAAAACAGCUUUGUUACGCGCAACUAUUUGUACAACGCACUGCCACUGUUCUCCAAAAGCCGCACAAAACUCUACGAUUGCCAAAGGGUCUCAAUACCUGUUUCAAAAUUCUGCGACAUUUUUCGUGUCGUUCGUGACAAUUAUGAGCGUGUUACAGACGUGGUUUGCUCUGAACAAAUUCGUGUCGUGGAAUUACCAUAAGCUUGCCGCCUGUGAUAAACUUGUUACGUCUAAAUCGUCCCCAGACUGUAAGUUAAACAUUGUGCGAACAACAUUGCACGCAAUAAAAAUGACAUAAUGAUGAAAUAAAACCAGAGGUGGACUGGACACUGUAACUGUGUUGCACGAACCAUGCAUAUACCGAGGACAGUUUAUACACGACUUUUCAAGCAACAGUUUUGGAUGCGCGCACGCGCGUGCUACUCUAAAAACGCGCACGCACUUGUCGCGUAUGCACGCGCACGCACUAUUUGUUUACAUCACGUUGACAAGGUGACAGUUAAAGCCACUGAGAAAGAACGUCUGGUUUUAACGUUUAUCAUUUUUUUUUCAAAUGCAUUUUGGGCGCCGGCAUAUUUCAGCAGCUUGAACUUAACUAAGUACGGAAGCGGUGGACUUGUGAUGCAUUAUGAUAUGUAAAAGACGUUAAGGUUUUAAAACCGUUAUGUACAGUUCUUCUGGGUAGAUGCCUUUGGAAAUAUCGGCAAUACGAAAGAUUUAACUGCAAAACAACUUCCUUUUUUUACGCGAGCAAAAGUUCAGUUUCUCUAUUUCCUUAAAUCCAUGGCGCUUAAGGUUUAUCAUGUAAAACCUUUUUCGUGUCAGCCACUUGAGUGGAUAACUAAACAGCAAUAGUUUGGUGGCAACUUCGAGUUUCAACGUGUUUAGAUUGUUUUUAAAAAUGGUAUACUUUUAAAAAGCGAUUACCUACGCAAGAUUCGAGGUGAAUCAGGCAGCUAAAACAAUAAAACAAAAACCAAAAACAAAACGAAAAGAGCGAAUAGAAAGCAAUUAGUAGCAAAACACGACCGCCUUUAGACAGCAGACACGCCUUAAGUACUUGACAUUUGACUCUAUGAGAGUAAUAGAUAAAAAUAACAGUCUUAUGACUUCACCCGUGAGAUAGAGAAAACAAAAUUACAUAUCAAGGAAUACGGGAAAAGGAAAGCAACAGCCUUUGAACGCUCCGACAGAAAAUGACUCUACAAAGGAUUUUUCUGACAUGUUUUCUGGUCAUGUAUUGUACCUGUCAUCUGGGUCAGGUUCUUGUGUGUUCGCUAGCAGCAGAGUCGUGCGGUGUGAGACCAAAGUGGGCAGAACAAGAAAAUGACAAAAGGAUCACCGGAGGACAUGAAGCUAAACCCGGCAGCUGGCCUUGGAUGACGAACAUUUUUGUUACAGGGCUUGGAGAGUACUUCAAAUGUGGGGCCGCUCUGAUAUCGGACCGCUGGGUCCUUACAGCAGCUCACUGUACGAUUGCCAACGUUGGGCCAAUCAUGGCAGCCGCCAGUAAAUAUCCAGAGAUGUUAAGGGUACGUGUUGGUGAACAUAACAUGGAUAAGAAGGAAGGUACCGAGCAGGAUAUAGCCGUGGAAAAGGUGAUCAUGCACCCGAAAUGGAACAUAGAAACAAAGAAAACGUCCAAUGGACUGAAGAUUUUAACUACACAUGACAUCGCCCUGAUACAGCUCAGCAGUCCGGUCAAGUUCUCCUCCAACGUGCAAAGCAUGUGUCUUGAUAAUGGGCAGCCCUUUAGAGCCGAUACCAUGUGUUACAUCGCUGGUUGGGGGACACAGAAAGUCAAAGGCCCUCCAACAAGAGUGCUCCAUGAGGCUGCUUUACCACUGAUAUCACACGAACAGUGCAACGCCCCCCGGUCAUAUAACGGAGUUAUCACAAAAAACAUGCUCUGUGCAGGAUUCCAGCAGGGGGGUGUAGACACUUGUGAAGGAGACAGUGGGGGUCCUCUGAUGUGCAAGGGAGGAGAGGGAAGGUGGUAUUUGACCGGGGUGGCAUCGUUUGGUCACACUGGGUGCGGUGUGCCGUACAAGUAUGGUGUGUACACAAGAAUAGUGAACCAUCUGGACUGGAUUUCAAAGGUCACAGGAAUGAACAUACAACAGCCGCCAGUUGAGGACAUACCACUGAUUACAAAGAGAUGACAGACAGCAGAGUCAGAGAGAGCUAACAAGAAUGAAAGUCAUGCAAAGGGUGCGAAAGCUGCGAGCGAACGCGGCCUUACAUUGGUCACCACAUUCUUCGGUUUAAAACCACACAUAAGAUUAUCACACACAAACUUACCAACAAAGCAUUGAGUCCGAACGCGCAGUAUAAAAUAAAGCAUGUCUGGGACAAAACCGGAACUAAUCAGCAUUGGGCGUUUCUCUUAAUGGUUCACUCAAGGAACCUGUAUGCCUACUUAGAGUCUACUUAUGCCGUACUCUAUUUGCAAUAUACAAAACCACACCUCAAGUUAAGCAGCGUUAUUAUAAUAGCAGUGAACCUUUGUAAUUGUUUUCUUUAGAAAAUGUAUCUUCGACUGUAUUGAUAAAAAAUUGAAAUAUCUAAAACGGUAACCACAGUUACCGUGUUCAGAAAGCAAUUUCAUUCGGAUAAGAAAACGUUUCAACUUGAAAAGAAAUACUGCUCGUUUUAAAUAACAUAAAUAUUAUUGUCAGAAGGUCUGAAAUGUAAAGAAAACGUAGAUUUCCACCGUAUCUCACAGUUUUGUGUUCGUUUGGUAUUAAUGUUACCAAAAGAGUCGAAGUAUUUUUAAUGAGAAUUAAUUCUUGUCUUUCAAUAUGUCUUCCCGGAGUAAACAAUCUUAGGUUGCUUUUGGAAGAACUCAAGAAAUUAAACGGUCGGUUAUGGAAGCCUGACCGCGCUUCUCUACCUAUAAAAAAGAUCACCCAUGAAAUAAAAAACUUAUUGAACUAAAAAAAAAUGUUUUCCCGAUGUUGUUAUCCGCAUCAAUGAAAUGUUCUGUUUCAACUUAUCUGCAAUAUUCAGUUCUCUUACUCGAAGUUCUGCCGCCCUAACCCGACAUUCUAGAGGGUGGGUCCUGGAAC